GAUUGAAUUGACAGAACAAAAACAAAUGUUGAAGUUCUUUUUGUAAACAAACUUAUUAUUUUGAUUAUUAUUAACAAAUUUGAGGCAUUUAAUAAAUAAUUAAAGUUUUAUUUAACUGCAAUGUUAAUUUCUAACUAAAUACAAAACGUGUUAGAGAAAUUACUCGCCUUUAAAAAUUAGUUAUUUAUAAUACAAACAUCAAUGGCGGCGCAUAAUUAAUAAAAUUACAAGAUAUUUGUGGAAUUUUUUAAAUAAUUAUCAAUAUGGAAAGUGCAAUAUCACCAUCCUUUAACUGUGAAUUGUGUCACAAAAAUUUUGUCCAAAAAUCUUCUCUCAAUCGCCACGUUAGGGAGCAACAUUUACAACCAGGCUUAUACCAGUGCAAACAAUGUGGUUUAAGAUUUUCCAAAAAAUACAAUCUGCAAAUGCAUAUUAAAAACAUUCACACAAAAACUUUGCAAAAAACUAAUAAAUACUUUAAAAGUUCAGAUGGCAAACGAGAAUUUACAAAUUUGUCUAAUUUAAAAGCUCACAACAAAGAGUCAUAUAAUAAUAUUGAAUUAAUUAAAUCUUCCAAUCCUCAAGAGGAAGAUGUACUAGAACCAGAUGCUCAAACGUUGGCAGCAACUGUUUUAAAGGAAUUGAAAGAAUUACAAAAAGAUAUACAACCAAUAGAAGCGGCAGAAGAGAAUUUAACAACUGCCACAGACUUUGGAAUAAGGAACAUUGUUGUUAAAGAUAAUUUAUAUCCCUCAGGACAGUUUAAACAAUUAAAAGUACAAAGUAUUAAACGUUUCGAUGGAUUUUCCUAUUUAAUUUGUGAAUUCUGUAAAAAGGAAUUUAAAAAAUUAUAUAAUUUCUUAAGACAUCUCAGAACUCACACCAAAAUACGACCUUUUAUUUGCGUUUUAUGUAAGAAAUCAUUUCCCACUACCGCUCAGUUAAAAACACAUUGUUCCAUUCAUCGUUUACAUGAAAGUUUUGGAUUAAUAAGGAAAUUUUAUCAAUGCCCCAAGUGUAAAGAAGGUUUUAGUGCCAGACAACAAUUCGAUAAACAUUUAAGCUCCUCUUUAACCUGUAGCCAGUUAACAUUCAAAUGUCCACACUGUGGUAAAACCUUUAAAACUUUGAAAACUUUAAUAAACCAUAAACAUGGCGAAAAGGAUAAUGAAAUAGAUUUACUCAAGAAAAUAUUACCCAUCCCUGAGCCGGUCUCGGGGGAAUAUGACUGCAAUUUGUGUGGUUUAACGUUAAGUAGUCAAAUUGUCUUAAAACAACAUGAAAACAGACAUGCAAAUCUAUUUAAACAUCAAUGCUUGGAAUGCCAACAAACAUAUGCCACGCAAGCGGCUUUAAGGAUACACACUAAAACUCAUUUAAAGUAUACAAGUUUCAAAUGUCUUUAUUGUAGCAAAACAUUUAAAACAAAACAAAAUUGCCGCCAACAUAUGAUAACACAUUUGAAAAUGUUAAUAAACACUAAGGAGCAAAAGGAAAACUUGUUAAAAUAUCCCAUAUUUAUAGGAAAUGAACAAACACAAAACGAACAAAUGUGUAUAAUAAAAAAACAGAAAUCAAAGAUUUCACAAAUAGAGCCAAAACUUUUUAACGCAAAGGUAGAAUUCAAAUAUAAAUGUUCCAAAUGUGAUAAGACAUUUCGUUAUAAUGCCUGGUUGAAAAAACAUUUCAACUAUAAACACUCUAAGGAAAAGCCCUAUGAAUGCGAAACUUGUAGGCACAAGUUUCGUUCAAAACAAUCUUUAGACAACCAUCAGUUGGUGCAUGCAACACAGCGCGUCAAACAUACUUGCCAAGUGUGUGGUCGUCUAUAUGCCUCUAAUAAAUCUCUAAAAUUGCAUUUGAGAAUUCAUACACAAGAAAAACCCUUCAAAUGUAAUAAAUGUUCCAAACAGUUUCGUACUUCUGGUCAUUUUAUACAACAUUGUAAAUCAAAUCACAAGGAAUAAAGGUAAAUCGUAAUCUUUUUAUUUUAAAAUAUAUAAAUAUUGAUUUAUUCAUAAUUUUUGAUUUCACUACAUAAAGUAAUUAAACUAAUUAUUUAUUUUAUA